UCUUUCCAAAGCAGCCUUAAUAUAAAUAACCCUAUCAGACUCUCUCUCUUUUGCACUCGCCGUUGUAGCAUUAUCAUCAUCAUCAUCAUCAUGCAGCAAGAUUUGCCCACCCGCAACAACAUGACUACUCCCGACCAGAAUUUUGCUUCCAAACCCGUCGUCGCCCCGCGGGUUCCUACCUUGUCCUUCAUGUCCAACGAUAAGCCUAGUUUCGGACAUGAUCAAGAUCAAGUCAAGUCGUUGCAUGACAAGUCUUGCAAGGGUGGAUACAAAGUGGAAGAUGGUUGCAAUAAAGGGUCAUCAUCAGUUUUGGUUCCUAGAGGGCAUGCCAGCGAUGGAAAUGAUGCUGUUGAAGCCUUGCAAAAGGAUUCCGGACGUGAAAGGCUUAAAAGACACCGAGAAGAGGUAGCAGGUACGGUUCUGAUACCAGAUAAAUGGGGUAAGGAGGAGUUGCUCAAGGAUUGGAUUGAUUAUCCUUCCUUUGAUUCGUUGUUAGCUCCCAAUGGACUUGCUUCAGCUCGUAAAGCGCUUAUGAUGGAAGGAAGGAGGAAUGGUUCUCAAAGAUUGAGGAUAGAAAGUAUGUGUUGAAUAGAUUAAUAUUUUCUGAUAUAAAAAUUAUAUUAGUAGCAAGAGCUUGAUGUUUUAGCUGUUUCUUUAUCAUAUUUCUGUAAAUCUCAUUGACUGGUGAUCACCAUUUUUAGGCCAUAUGAAGUAGAUUGAUAAAAAUAUGUAUGCAGUCUUAACUUUCCACUCUAUCACUGCAAUAUUGCUGAGAUUUGAUUAUAGAGUGAGGCAUAUAUCUCUCUUGAUUGUAAAAUAUGCUUAUAUAUAUCUAUAUAAAUGGUUCACAAAUUGAAACCAGA